GAUCGAUUUCUCUCUUGUACCAAGUGCUUGCAUGGAUGUUUCGUUCUGGGCAGACAGCUGAUGCAACUAUUUAAGUGUAACCAUCCUAUUUUGAAACUGCGUGACAGACAUUAACUCUAAAAUACAGGCACAAAUCACUUAUCCUGCUCGUUACAGAAGCUUUAAGGAACGUUAAAUGAUGAAGAUUUGAAUAUCCUAUCAACUUGCCAUGGAGGAAGAAGAAGAACCGCAAUGGAUCUACAUGUUUGCUGACACUUCAAGAGUUCUCACGAUCGUUAUAUCCAUAUUGCUUAUCGUAUACGGCAGUUUUAGGGCUUUAGGGUUGGACAAAACAUAUAAUAAUUCAGAAGAUCCAGAAGAUGAGCAGUCAAACCAGAAUGAUACACCUUUCUCAAGACUUAUGGAUGGCUUCCAGACCAUCAACACUGCCCAAGCUGUAUUCCUUCCAGUUGGGGCCUCAUUCUCUCUUCUUGUGAUGUUUUUCUUUUUUGAUACUCUUCAGUUUUUCUUUGCACUGUGCACAGCUGUGCUAGCCAUGGUUGCUUUUUCUUUUGUGCUUUUACCUGUUUGUCAGUUUCUUACCAAACCCUGCUUCACCAACAAUAAUCAAAAGUUCUACAUUGGCUUCUGUGGACGAUUUACACCAGCAGAAGUUAUGUCACUUGUGUGUUCUGGUGUUUUAGUUAUGGUGUGGAUUGUCACAGGACAUUGGGUUCUCAUGGAUGCGUUAGCCAUGGGCCUUUGUGUUUCCAUGAUUGCCUAUAUACGUUUACCAAGCCUUAAAGUGUCCACUCUUCUGUUAAUAGGCCUCUUAAUUUAUGAUGUAUUUUGGGUUUUCUUUUCAAGUUACAUAUUUAAAGCAAAUGUUAUGGUUCAGGUUGCCACACAGCAGGCCGCUAAUCCUGUGUCUAUAAUGGCAAAUAAAUUGAAAAUGAAUCCAGUAGGAAAUAUCUCUCCACAAAUAUCUCUUCCAGGAAAAUUAGUUUUUCCAAGUAUGCAAGACAGAAGCAGAUUCUCCAUGCUGGGACUGGGAGAUAUAGUUAUGCCAGGCCUUCUCCUGUGUUUUGUAAUGAGAUAUGAUAAAUACAAGAAGCAGGCAGCCGUAGCAGCAGACACAGAACAAGCCAGAGUAACAUAUUUUCAUUGUUCUCUUAUUGGAUAUAUUGUAGGUUUAGUGACGGCUACUGUGGCAUCUGAGGUGUACAAAGCUGCCCAACCUGCGCUUCUUUAUCUUGUUCCGUUUACGCUUCUACCAAUUUUAGUUAUGGCUUAUCUGAAGGGCGAUUUACGGAAAAUGUGGCAAGAACCCUUUGUGGUUGCUGGUGCGAAAUUUAAAUUGCUGGAAGUAUAACACAUGUCAAAGCCUAGACAGAACAUUCAAUAUAGCGAAAAGAUAGCGUCAAGAUGAGUCAAGUACUACCAUGUUACCGAUAGAGCGCUUUCCGAUCGAGUGUCGUAAAAAAAUCAAGACCAAAGUAAUUAGAACAGCCAAGGAAAUCACCUUUCAGAGCUCAAAAGUAAAACCGACCAAACGCGGGAAAACGCAGAUGACCAAGUCGUGAUAUAUUUAGUUUUUCAUCUUAUUGGUCGAGAGAGUUGCGUGAGGACCAAUCAUAAAGCGAAGUAAAGCAAAAACUAAUGAAUCCCAGAUCACUUUCGACACUCAGUCGUAAAUUGCUCUAUUGUAUCAAGAGAACUGUUCUUUAAUUUGCUUUUGAUGCAAUAGUCACUUGAUGUCCCAGUAAAGUUUGGAAGCUUGAGCUGGAAGUUGGCUAAAAGAUGGAAACAGCGAACGAACAAAAAAAAGCUGCAAAGGAAUCUUAAAUAAUAAUUUAGAACAUUCAUAUGGUACUUUCUUGCUUUGCAUAGAAUGGAACUUUCAUUCAAGGAACACCAUUAGGUGUUCAAACUUGUUUAAGAAAAACCUUGCAAAAAUGUUUCAAAAUGUACUAUAAGGUGGACAGAACAGAGAAUGGAAUUACGUACAUUAGCCAUGUCUUUGUUCUCCAAUAGAUCGUUAGGAAAUGACAUUCAGUGGCAGAGCGCGUAGUAUUUAUUUCAUUGUGUUAUUCCCAGAUUUUUAAUAACUAAAUUUGAUUGGCUAAAUGACAAGAAAGGAACGUUGCUUUCGGUUAGGAGAAUAUCAACAAUUUACCUGAAAUGACCGGCCUGCAUUGAUCCUCUCGCGCAUGCCCGACGUUUGACCGCUGUGUUGUUGUAUACGGGUACACAGGGAAGAUUAUCACGAAAGAUUUCUUUUUGGGAGACAAUGAUGUAUGUAAAGAAUUUAUAAAUUGUAUCACAAGAAGGAUUAUCUUGUACGAAAUCACUCUCAAUUAAGAAGAUAAGUAUUGUGUAAAGUGGACAUAAUGUAUGAAUUUCUGACGUUCUUGAUUUAAGCCUCUUGCUGUUUCACGAUGGUGGCGACUGUCGUGUGUUUUGUUACUACUCUUUCAUAAAUUGCCGUAUGUUUACAGAAAGCGUCUUGCUAGCGCACCUACCCCUCCCCUAACUCAAAAACAGUCCAUUGAUAACAAGUUAUGGUAAAUGUUUGGUUAGGUAGGGGUGGGUAUGUAGUUGUUCAGAUACUGACACUGAUUCGCCGUUUCUAAGCCUGUUUGUUCUCAAGUGUUUUUCGUAAUGCCACUACGAGUAUCGAGUGAUAAAGAGAUUUAUGUAAGCAUCUCAAACAACGGCUGGAAGAAAUAAAUUUGUAAGUGGCCGGCUUGUAAAUGGUAGGCUUAGCGUAUUUAUUAUGUGAAAAGCUUAAGCAUCAGUGUAGGUUUUUUUUUCAAUGGGUAAAGUAAAGUGACCCGAGUGAUUCGUUGUUCAAA